AUGGCUGCCGUAGAUAUCCAUAUCAAGCUCAACACUGGCGCUGAGAUCCCGGCAUUGGGCCUGGGAACAUGGAAGGCCGCACCCGGAGAGGUUGCCAACGCGGUAAGCCACGCUAUUAAGGUGGGCUACCGUCAUAUUGAUGCUGCUCUUUGCUACGGCAAUGAGAACGAGGUUGGUCAGGGUAUCAAGGAGGCCAUCGAUGCCGGUAUUGUUGAGCGCGAGGAUCUGUUCGUGACCACCAAGCUGUGGUGUACCUACCACUCUAAGGUCGAGGAGGGAAUUAACCAGAGUCUGAAGAAUCUUGGUCUGGAAUAUGUGGAUCUAUACUUGGUUCACUGGCCCUUGGCUAUGAACCCCAAUGGCACCGACCCUAUCUUCCCCAAAUUGCCAGAUGGCUCCCGGGAUAUUGAUCACAGCCACUCUCACGUCACUACCUGGAAGAGCAUGGAAAAGCUUAUUGGCACCGGAAAGGUUCGGGCCAUUGGUGUUUCCAACUACAGUGUUGAGUACCUUGAGAAGCUUCUGGCCGAGGCUGAAAUCACUCCUGCCGUCAACCAAAUCGAGAACCAUCCAUCUUUGCCCCAGCAGGAGAUCGUCGACUUCUGCAACCAGAAGGGUAUCCAUAUUACCGCUUACAGCCCCCUUGGUAGCACCGGUAGCCCAUUGUUUACUGCUGAGCCCAUUGUGGCCGUUGCAGAGAAGCGAGGCGUGACUCCUGCAUCCGUUCUGCUGAGCUGGCACGUGGCCCGUGGUUCCUCCGUUCUCGCCAAGUCCGUUACUCCUUCUCGUAUCGAGGCCAACCGCAAGGAUCUGAUCAAGCUGGAUGCUGAGGAUGUCGCUACUAUCAAGAAGUACUCCGACUCUUUGGCUGCCACCAACUCUUUCGAGCGAUAUGUUUUCCCUGCCUUUGGCGUGACCUUUGGGUUCCCGGACAAGCAGUAA